AUAAAAGCGUUGGCGCGAUAGUUCAUUUGCUGACAUGCAUCCUGCGCUGUCAUAGAACCUUUAUUUUUGAUGAAAGUCUAAAUUCCGGAAAACCAAUCGAGAUGUUUUUUGAACGACUACAAUCGACACAUUUCCACUCUAGCUGGGCACAGAACCAACACCAUCGUUUCUUAAAAAACAACCUAUACACAAAUAAACAUAUAUUUCUUACUUACGAGGGGACAGCAUUCUAAAUUCCACACAGACAUGGCGGCAACAGUUGACUUCAGGACCCAUGUUGACCAGUCAUGCAGGUACUCAGAGGAAUUUGUCAACAUUUAUUAUGACUGCAUGGACAAGAAGAGGCGGAACCUGACUCGUCUGUAUCUGGACAAAGCAACUCUGGUGUGGAAUGGAAACGCAGUGUCAGGCCACAACGCUCUUGGAGAAUUCUUUGAGUCACUUCCAUCCAGCGAGUUCCAGGUCCACACACUGGACUGUCAGCCAGUACAUGAACAAGCAACCCAAGGGCAGACUACGCUGCUUGUGGUCACUGUGGGAAUGGUGAAGUUUGAUGGGAACAAGCAGAGAUACUUUAACCAGAACUUUCUCCUGACGGCACAAGCUUCACCAAACAGCGAUCAACCUGUUUGGAAGAUCGCAAGUGACUGCUUCCGUUUCCAAGACUGGAACAGCUGAAAAACCUGUGGCCACUGUUUCUCAUUUCUCUCUUUUCUGUAUGUAUCCAUAUCCCAUUUUAGUGAAAAGCUUCAAGUUGUAAUAUGUAAAGUAUACUGUGUGCCUAUUUUAUUUUAUUUUUUAAAUAAAAAAAUACAAAGAGGUAUAAUCAACAAAAAAAACACAUUUAUUCAUCACAAUGUAACCCCACAAAUUAUGGAAAACAAGAAAUGCUCAGUGAAGAAUAUACACUGUACUUUGAGGGUAUACAUUUACAUACCUGUCUUUUGACCCACACAAGUGGAAAAACCCCUUUCACAACAUUCACAAUAAGAACAAAAAAUCUUUGGGGUCAAAAUUGCACAUCUAACUGAUAACAGACUGUUUCACAGUAGCAAAGUUAUCCUUGUAACUGCUUGAGUAGGAUACCAAGUAGUGGUAUGCCUUUUUUGUGAUGGAACAAUUUUAGAUGCACAUAAAGUCUAGAUACAAAAAUGCAGAAAUAUGCACAUAAAUAAGUCUAGAAAGAUCCCAUACAGAUACUCAUUGCCAAUUAAAUAUAUUAAAUAUAGUCUUCCUGAGUCAUUUAGGAUUUUACAUGUCAUUUGACAGU